CAAACGCCGCUCGUCUUCGCGCCGCGGGGUGGGUUGGGGGAAGCAGGCGCCCUCUUUUCCUUCGGCCAAAGGCUUUCCACGGGAGGGAGAGUCUCAAAUUUGCGUCUGUUGGCCGCCUAAAGGAAGCCCAAAGAAGUGGGCGGCGUCCCGGCGCCUUAGAACGGCUCGCCCUCCAAUCAGAAGCGCGCGCUCUCUUCGGACACACACCACACACACCUCUCCUCUCCGCGCGGACGACUCUGGCGGCUCCAGCGCAGAGGUUAGAAGCGGAGCGCGAGAGCCCGCAGAGCCGAAGGAGAGAGUUCGCCUUCCACCGCCGCCUCCCUUGAAACAAAGGCUUGGAGGGUUCGCUCAGCAAGACCCUCUGCCUCACUGCUCGGCCCUUUCCGAGGGCGAUCCUCAGUCCCUUUAAGGACGCCGCAAAGACCUUUGUUUCGUUUUGUUUCUGGGAUUCGGCACCGAAGGGCCAUGGGACAGAACUAUGGAUCGCCAUGCCGGGCGGCCGGGAGAUUUUAACUCGGACCUACCGACUGGAAGUAGACAGUGGGAUGAUAAUCCAACCUUGGGAAGGGAGUCUCUGUUGGCAGGGCCCAGACCACCCUGUACUAACAACAAAUAUCUAAUAACAAUGAAAUGGCAAAUAAAACAAUGUAAAAUCGCAACUUGGAUAAAGUUGGGAAUCGGGAGAGAAGCCAAGUGCCCUGUGCAAAAGCUGUGGUUUCAAGAGGAGAAUGGCGCACGUUGUGCGAAUGUGGCAAAAGGCAUUCAAGCAACACAUCUGGAAUACAGUCCUUAAGGUGAACAGAGCUGCCUGACUUUCAUUGCAUGGAUUUCACUUAAUUUGGCUUUGCAAAAGGCAGAGCUGGAAUGGGAAAUCACAGCAACAACCAUACCUGUGUGACGGACGAUUCCUUCAAGUACAACCUCUACGGAGCUGUCUACAGCGUGGUGUUCAUCCUCGGCUUGAUCACCAACUGUGCCUCUUUGUUCGUCUUCUGCUUCCGCAUCAACAUGAGGACUGAAACUACCAUUUUCAUGACCAACCUGGCAGUCUCCGACUUGCUGUUUGUAUUCACUCUCCCAUUCAAGAUCUUCUACAACGUCAACAGGCACUGGCCCUUUGGAGACCCUUUGUGCAAGAUCUCAGGGACGGCCUUCCUGACCAACAUCUACGGGAGUAUGCUGUUUCUCACUUGUAUUAGCGUCGACCGCUUCCUUGCAAUUGUAUACCCAUUCCGAUCUCGCACCAUUAGGACAAAACGCAAUUCAGCCAUUGUGUGUGUGUGUGUGUGGAUUCUGGUCCUCAGUGGAGGCAUCUCAGCAUCUUUGUUUUCCACCACCAACACUUAUAACACUAGUAUAACAUGCUUUGAAGGCUUUUCCAAAAGCAUAUGGAAGACCUACUUGUCCAAGAUUACAAUAUUUAUUGAAGUGGUUGGCUUCAUUAUUCCCCUGAUGCUGAACCUCACGUGUUCAUCGCUGGUCCUGAGGACUCUCCGGAAACCGGCCACCCUUUCCCAGAUUGGCACAAACAAGGAGAAAGUACUCAAGAUGAUUGUUGUGCACGUGGCCAUCUUUGUUGUGUGUUUUGUGCCCUACAACUCCAUCCUUUUCUUGUAUGCCCUUGUACGUUCUCAGGCCAUAGCAAAUUGCUCCUUGGAGAGGUUUGCGAGGACCUUCUACCCAAUCACGCUGUGCAUCGCCACCCUCAACUGUUGCUUUGACCCUUUCAUCUACUACUUCACAUCAGAGUCAUUCCAGAAAUCUUUUUAUAUCACCCCUCACUUCAAAACUGAUUCCCUUUUCAAAACCGAAACUCCUCUAACCAAGGUUGCCCUGCCGGUGGCACAGGAUGAAAUGAGCGACCAGGCUAUUACCAAUGGGGGAGAUCUGACUUCUGAAUCAAAUUUUUGAUGGCGGUAUUUGCACCACCAGGAGACUUCUGUCUGGGGGAAGGAUGCAGAACCAUGAGAGAUGGGAACCACAGGAAAUGUUUUAUUCGUGUGUGUAUAUACAUACACCCACACACAUAGUCAGCCGGCUGCUCUUUUGAAAACUCACCAUUGUAUCUUAACUCAAGUAACAUUGUCCUAUGCCUGUUUUGCUUUUGAAGCUAUGAAAUAAUAAAAUAUUUCACCCUGUC